UGUAUGUGUCUUUUGGAAUUUAUGUGGCAAUAGUGUAAAAAAAAACCAUGCUGAAACAGGAAAAUCUGGCCGCUAAUUUUUGCGGUCUACUAUCCGUGAACGGAAACAAGGAUGUAGCAAUAGAAUGGCGUAUACUAGGAAAGGAACAGGAUAGCUCUUUGCUCGCUAGCUGGGUAUCGUUUGAUCCUAAAAUAGGACGAGAUGAACAGCGAACCAAUGUGGGCAUUUAUAUGGCAAAAAACAAAACGUUCGAAGUGCUGUACACCUUCCCGGGCAGGGAAAACGUUAUUCAGGCUUCGGUCAACCUAACCCACACCCUACUGCUCUACGUAACGAAGGAAAUCAAGCAGGACGAAUCUGGUCGCAACUGUGACAUUUACCGGGCAUUUUUGGUUGAGGUGCGUCCCAAGGUGGAAUCGGUACGAGCACAUCUACUGGUUGAAGUGGAUCGUAACCGGCAGGUAAUGGCUACAUUCCUGUGGCGCAAGUUAUCCACCUUCGAGAAGAAUUAUCAGGACAAAUUUCUGCUUCUGGUACACCAUGAGCACGUGCUGCUGUAUACAGCAACGUUGAGGAAAGUUGAACUGUCAGAAACCGGAAGCUACGAGCAUGAGCUCGCUCCUAGCGGCAGUAGUAGCAGGAUUGAUUACACUAACCCAAAUGCCUGGGAAUUAGAUCGGGAAGUAAUGAAAAAUGAAACACUAACGAAAGCGUUCAUAUGGGCACAGUGGGACCCGACCGUACAAGCAUUGUACUACAUACACCUCAAACCAACGACAAGAACUAUCUUCGAAAAGGAGGACGAGACGUCCGGUGAACAUGGAGAAGCAUCCAAGCGUCUCCAACCGACUCUAUCCGCGUUCCAAUUUCACGAUGAUCUACCAACCGAGACGGUUCUAAACAUACCGCUCAAUCUGCCCAAAAUUCCUUCCUCCAGCAGUGAGGACAUUUACGAGGAUGAUACAGUCCCGCUAAGGAUACACGAUUCCUCGCUUAAUCUGAUCAUAGUAAGCGACGAGUCCGGGAUGCUUUUCGUCUGCCACUACUAUCUGUAUCAACCGAUCAAGCAGCAGGAAGAGGAAAUGCAGUCCAACGGUACGGCGCAAAACAUUUUUGACGUCCAUUUCGCUUACUCGGUAACGAUCCUGCAUCACGGAUGUGUGAUACACUGCGUAAUACCGGGCAUACCGUGGGAGAAGGCAAAGCUGAUGAAGCCAACCUUUACGCUGCACGGCGAUCAUCAUGUGCUAGUGUUUCAGGCCGAUCUUUUUAUGCAUCUGCUCGAUGUAGGCCUUUCGCAUGAACCUUCGUGCCAUAUUGUGUGUGCACCAUUUACCCGGGCACCGAUAACGCAGCUGGUGCCGUGCUUUGCGACCAACAACAUUUGCUACGAUUCGGCAACGUUGGAUCUGAUCUCGAUAACGAUCCCGAAGUCACAUUUGAUCGAUGCAUUUCGGAACGAUACGUCGAUCGAUAAUCGGCUUGCAAUCGUGCACUACUUUUUGGCCCAUUCGAGUGGAGGUGAUAUUAUUGAAAUCUUUUCGGAGAUAUUAAGCAUCAUCAUGGAACGUCCGCUCCACCUAGACACGGUACCCCUUUUAAAAGAAGCCCUCGUUGCCGGUACAUAUGCAUCCGCCAAAAAGGGUCUCACCCACGAUCAGCUAGCCCUGUUCCGUUUGCUGCCACUAACCACCUGCAGCACGGCCAAACCAAUCGAGGCCAAAGUGGGCAAACUUAACGUUGGUCUUUCACACGAAACCCUUUACAACACGUCAAUGAUGUUGCUUUCACCACAGCAACGACUUUCCCCGUUUCGUAAAGACAUCUGGACACAGUUGUGGGAUCGGCUAAGCGAUAAUGGUGGCACAAGCAAGGAACGGCCCCGCUUCCAUCAGGACCAGGUGCGUGAAAAGCUAAUGUACUCGCUCGCUUGCUACCAACCGGAAGCACUUUCCCGCUGCACAACGCCAAUGUCACCGGCCAAUCCGAUUGGUGGUGGAUCGUUCGGUGUGGAGUUUGGUCCGGGCGGUGGCAGUACGGCCAGUGUACGGGCCCGGUUACAGAAUGAUCUCCCGUUUGCCGAAACGGAAGCCUGUACGGCCAACAAGCAGGAGCUGGUGCUGAACGUGAAUUUGCGCGAACUGAGCAUGCAUUUGGUAAAGCACAGCGUCAAGGAGGUGACCGGCUUCCGAUGGCUGAAGAACGCUUUUUACGAUACGAAUCCAGCUACCUCGCAUGUGCACGCGGUCGCCACGCGGUACGUUACCGCCCAGCUGGAACAAUCACGUGCGCUCUGUGUUCUGGUGUGUCGUACGGCUGGGCUCGAUCAUGCCCUUGCGAUCGAUGGUACCGAAAGCCGUGGAUUUGCGUUGAUCGAUCAGCUCGAGCGUUCGCUGCAGGUACGGCUGUUUGCAAUGCUAGAACGGUACUGUUUGGCGGUGGAAACGUUGGCUUUUCCAUUGCCUUUAGGGUUUUGCUCGUUCUUUUCGUAUCUGGGCUAUCGGGCAUUGUCGUUCGACAGCUUCAUGCAGUACGUGGAACAUCACGUGUUUGAGCUACAGAUCGACGUGGUAAAGGUGAUCUUUGCGGACAUCGAGGAUACGCAGGAUGGCAUACGGCAGAAGCUGAACUUGCUGAUGAUACUGCCAAGAUCGAGAGCGCGGAGAUUGUUGAACGGCUGGAAUCAUCCAGUGAGUGCGAUGCUACGGGGACGUGAACAUGCGAUGAACAUCCUGUCCGGAAACUCGGUACAUCCACGCGGUUCGGCACAUCACAAAAAGCGGGACUAUCAACCGAAAGUUUCCGCAUGCUUUAGUAACUGUUGCGAGCGUAUGUUUGCUUUCCUUGCUUGUGGCACACAUUCACCAGCUAAAGAUCGCUUCUCAUCCUCACUAUUACCGCAUGCCAACCGUUCCAUUCGCAAACCACCAUCCUUACAUUCCUCAUCCUCGGAAAUCUGUUUCUCGCCCGCCUCGUCAUCCGAACUGCUCGAUCAGAUGGAAAAUUCAUCCCGUUCCCGCAACCUGCGUACUUACGCUAGCUUAAACGCACUCCGACUGGUAACCUCGCCUUCAUCGCUCGUUGAUCUGGAGGCGGGAUUAACUGGAAGUGGCAGUGAUCGUGAUGGCAAGGAGCGCGCGGUUCAGCGGCUUCGCUGUACCUCAUCGACAUCCUCGUUUCUGAUGCAACUGUGUCGUGAUACGCCGGACAAAAUCGUCCGCCUAACGAGACGCGAUGUGGCCACGGAACGAAGGGCACGAGUAGAUUCAUCCCGCACAACGGCUUUGGUGUUUGGUGUGGGGUACCUAAUUCUGGCCAGUACGAUCGUUACGGUGGUUGUGUUUGUUAUGCUCGAUUAUCGUGUUGCAAUUUCCGUCGCUCGAUCUCAGCCAAGGGUUAGGAGCUGCCCAGAAGCUUCAGCAACCGUUGGACAAUUUUCUCGACCUGCUGACUGCCAAAGCUAA